CCGAGGUGCGAGUUAGGACCUCUUGACGGCGUCGUACUUUCGAAAUCGUCAUGCGGGUUGCUGUGAUUGGGGCGGGGCCGGCGGGCCUGGCGGCGCUGAAGGUGUUUCAAGAUGUGGUAGGUGCAGACGACUUAGUUGCAUUCGAUUCUCAGGAGGACAUUGGUGGCACGUGGUUGUACUCCGAGUCCAGCGAGUCGUGGUUUGCCAGCGCCGUGUACGCGAAUCUUCGGACGAACCUCCCGCCCGAGCAAAUGCAGUACCCGUCCAUGGAUUUCCCCGACGGCACGGACCAGUUCCCGCAUCACUCCGUGGUCCACAAGUACCUCGUGGCAUUUGCCGAUCGGUUCAACCUCCGUCGCUUCAUUCGACUCAACACGACCGUCGAAGGAUGUUCGUUCAACGACGGGGUGUGGCUCCUGCGCCUCAGCGAUGGAACCCAGCACGAGGCUGACAAGGUUAUCCUUGCCAACGGUCACUUUCGCUUGCCACAUUUCCCGCUUCACCUUGACAUCGAUCCGUCCAUCGCGAGCUUUCACUCGAGACAGUACCGUCGGCCCGAUGCAUUCCAUGGGAAAGUCGUCGUCCUUGUCGGCGCGGGUACAUCGGCCUUUGACAUUGCUCGGGAAAUCGCCCCCCAAGCCGAACGAGUGUACAUCAGCAUGCGGGACGACUCGAGCGCCGGGGACUUGGGCGAAACGGUGGACCAGCUGCGUCCAACGCGGAAGGAUGGGUCGUUGGCCGAGAUUGUGGCCAAAGGGGCCCUUCGUCGCACUGGACCGGACGGACUAGUGCAAUUUGAAGACGGAUCGACCGUGUCGCAUGUGCACACGAUCAUCUGGGCCACGGGGUUCGACUUUACCUUUCCGUUCAUGCAACUUGGCGAGUCUUCAGAGAGCACCCAACUCGUGGAUACCACAGGUGCUGCCGUGUACAAUUUGUAUCGGGAAAUGAUGUACAUUCCAAACCCAACGUUGGCGAUCCUUGGCGUGAACCACCGCAUUUGGCCAUUUCCGGUCUUCGAGUACCAGGCCACGUUGUUGUCGCUGUAUUGGACCAAAGCACUGCCGCUGCCGACUCGAUCCGACAUGCGAGCGCACGAACAAGGAGAAGCCGCGCGUUGGGGGUACCUUCCUGGGUCCAAGGAGUCGCAUCGGUUUGGUCCUGACCGCCAGUACGCCUACCUCUCCACCAUCUACGACGACCUCGUGGCAACGCAGCCCGUCCCCAGCCUUCCGAAACCAAUUUCAGACCCCGAUCGGCGAGCCCAAAUCUUGCGCGACCGAAAGCUGCACCUUGGGUAUUGACGGUUGGUUCGAAUGUUAUGAAGAUUUGAGUCAAGUCGGUUUCGAUGUCGGCGGUACAACCAGUAUGUAGUGGUUCCAUCGACAUACUAGUAUGUAUGUAGAUGUUUGCAUGAGUAGAAUUUUAAAUAUAAGUCGUACAAUAGGAAAUUGGUUGUGAAAACAUGCGGGGGUAUGGAUUUUAUAUAUUUCACACGUGGACUACAGUACUUGUAGAAAUUAGUUUUGAGAGGAUGAUUUGCAUUUGUGUCAGGUAUUUACAGUUUAACAGGUUUUAUUUUGAGCGAUAUUUGAAUAAUACUAGUCAAAUGUAUAUCGUUUAAUAGAUAACGUGUCCGGAUAACUAAAUUACACAGGAUUAUGUAUUUUGAG